AUGGACAAAGAUGGAAGAGAGUCUACAGUCCCUUUCAACUUUCUCUCCAAACUUGGAAUGCAGACAUUUUAUCCCAACAAGCUCACUCUUCGCUCUCUUUUGGAAAUCAACAAAAACAGUAUUUAUGAUGAAACUGUUGAAUCAUUGGAGAAAAUACCAUGGUGCUUUCUUAGGAAACUCUUUCAAAUCAACGCAGAAUGCAGAAACUGUACACAAGUAUCAAAUAAUGAUGAUGAUGAUGAUGAUGAUGAUGAUGAUGAUGAAAACAGUGAUCUGUUUGACUUUGACCUGCUCACUGCAGAUGACUCUGCAGACAACACUGUUAACCCUCUGGACCUCAUAGUUGCACUCUUUCUUUGUGCUGACAGCUUCUUGCAACAGGAAAUGGCCCUCAAGAUGUCAAUGUGUCAGUUUUCUGUCCCACUGCUGUUGCCUCAUGGCAAUAACAGUCAGUCUACUCUGAUGCUGUGGGCUCUGAGAGACAUCGUCAAAGAGUGGCGUCCACAUCAUUUAUCUGACUCUAGAGGAUUUGUUGAAGAUAGCAUUGUUCAAGCAGAUAUACCAUUCUUUACCUUUGUCAGGCUGAAAAACUGUAGUCUCUCCAAGUCACAGGUUCUGAAUCAUGUUCUCAGUCGUGGCCAACAGAAUCACAACAUGUUCAUACACAGAGAUAUGAAAGGAGGAGCACUUACAAGAAGAAUUUCCAAUGGUUUGGUGGAGGUUUGCUGGUUCCUUCCCUGUGGCAGAGAAAAUCUUGACAUAUUUCCAGAACCAGUUGCCUUUGCCAAUUUAAGAGGAGACAUUUGUGUGUCAUUGGCACAAUUCAAUUUUCUUUUUCAAGAGUCAACUGCUACCUUUGUGUUACUGGACAAAGUUGAAGAAAAUGAACACAAGAUUCUGACUUCUCUUCAAGAUGUGAAAUCCAAACUCUUCUUGGUUGUUAAUCGCAAGGACAACUCUAGAGAGGACAUGAUGUCUGUUAAGAAAACACAGAAAGAGUUACAGCUACCAAACAGCAGUGUGAAAAUCAAAGACUCAAGAGUAAAUGUUUCAGCGCUUACAGAGAAACUUUGUGCCGCCAUCAAGACCUCACUGCCAGAUGUAUCAGCCACAAUGAACAUUGUCAAUAUGGUUGGAAAAGCCGUUGAGCUUGGUCUAUUGGUGGAUGAAAACAAAAGUGGUGAACAAAAGAAAGCAGUUGAGGAGAUCAUGGUUGACAUUGAGAAGCAGAGUAUACCAGACUACAAGAAACAACAACUUCCUCUGCAGGGAGAAAACUGGAAAAGAUUAUCACAGUUAGAGAAGGAGGAGUGUAGAUUGAAAUCUGGUGACUCAGACCCUGAAGGGAGUAAAUGCCAGCUACAUGAAGAAAAAAAUAAAAUUAGUGAGAAGCAACAAAAACAAAAACUAUCCAAAGGAAUGGAGAGUUUUAUUAAAACCUUAUCCACAAGUGACAAAGAGGAAAGAGAUGUUUUUCUUAAGUGGAUGAAACUUAAGCUUGAUACACAUUCACGGAGCAAACUGUCUGAUCUGCGCAACAAAUUCAAAGAGCAAUGUGAGAAAAAAGACAUCAAACUCAUUGCAGAGUUAGAUCAGGCUUUGCUGGAAAGCUCUUUAGGAGUAGAGCAUUACAUGAGAGAGAUGGGACUCAUCUAUGAGUUCUCAAUUAAAGGCUCAAGAAACACUGUUAAUGAAAUAUCUCGUCUCCCUGGUUUGGCUGCUGAAAUGCUGUUGGAUGGAUUUCCUUUAGAGCUCUUCGAUGGAGAUGCUUCCAACAUCCCAGAGAGAUGGGUGACAGAUGUGCUGAUGGAGCUUCACAAGAAGGUUGGAGAGCAGAGCAGACUGUUAGUACUGACUGUGCUGGGUGUUCAAAAUACAGGGAAGUCAACACUCCUCAACACCAUGUUUGGUGUUCAGUUUCCUGUCAGCAGCGGCAGAUGCACAAGAGGAGCUUAUAUGCUCUUCCUCAGAGUUGGAGAAGAUAUGAAACAUGAAAUUAAUUAUGACUUUAUAGUUCUCAUUGACACAGAGGGUCUAAAGUGUGCUGAUCUGGCAAAACUAGAGGAAAGUUAUGAGCAUGACAACCAGCUGGCAACCUUUGUGAUUGGUUUAAGUGAUGUCACCAUUAUUAACGUUGCAAUGGAGAACUCAACAGAAAUUAAAGACAUCCUGCAAAUUGCAGCUCACGCCUUCCUGAGAAUGAAGGAAAUUGGUAAAAAGCCAGUUUGUCAUUUUGUGCAUCAAAAUGUUUCUGGAGUUUCAGCUCAUGCAAAGACAAUAACAGAAAGAAAACAUCUUCUGGACCAGCUCAAUGAAAUAAUACAAAUUGCUGCUGAUAUGGAAAAGAAGCCUUCUAUUAAAGCAUUCACAGAUGUGCUGGACUAUGACAUGGACAAAAACAACUGGAACAUCCCAGGACUCUGGCAUGGAAUCCCUCCGAUGGCACCAGUGAGCACAGGUUAUAGUGAAGCUGUAGCAGAUUUAAAGAGAAACCUUCUGGUGGAAACAAACAGAAGCAAUGAAGUCUCAAAGAUCCCAGAGUUUCUAGAAUGGAUGAGAAGUCUCUGGAAAGCUGUGAAGUAUGAGAACUUCAUCUUUAGCUUCAGAAACACUCUUGCGGCACGUGCCUACGACAACCUUUGCAAAGAGUUCAGUCAAUGGGAAUGGCAGUUCAGAAAAGAAAUCCUCUCCUGGCAACAAGAAGCAGAGUUGGAAAUCUUAAAUUCUGACAUUGGAUCUGAUAUUCAAAAUUGGAGCACAUUGGUUGAACCAAAAAAAUCAGAGGUGUCAGUAAAAAUAGCAGAAGAAGAAAGAAAAAUGAAGCAGAAACUCACAAACUACUACAAAAAGAAAGACCAGAAUGUAAAUCUGAUAGAAAAAUACAAAACUGACUUCAUCAACAGCAUCAGUUGUCUUGCAAAGGAAAUUAUUUAUUCUGUGAACAAUAAACUGGAUUGUAACCUCGAGCUUAAAAAAAGUUCAAAAAAGGCUGAAUACAUUCAGAGCGAAUACAGAGAAGGGAUUGAAGACGAGGUCAUGAAGCUUUUGAGUGCCUGUAAAGGCUCCACACUGUCUGAUGAACAGCUGAAAGACCAGUUUGAAAAGAUGUGGACUGAAGCCACUAAAAAUGUGCCUCGUCUAAAAGAGCGAGAUAUUGCAGCAAGUGUCCUGGAGCAAUUCAGAAAACAUUUCUCAAACCAGAAUGUUAUUGAGAACUUACAACACAUUACAGAUCUAAAGGAAACUGGAAAAUGUCCAUUUAAAACCAAACGUGAUCAUACGGACCAUUUAUUUAAGAAGCUUUUGGGACGAGGAAAUCUUCAAAAUUUUGCUGACACAGUCAUUGAGUCUUGCACACGGUUUGUGCUCGAUAAAGCAAAGUCAAACACAGAUUACCAUGACUCUUUUACAAGAGAUCUUCUUGAAAAAAUGGAUGAAUACCUUCAACAGAACUACAAACAUCACAAAACAAAUGCAAAGUUUGAGUUUGACCUGAAACUUCACAUUUGUGGCAUUGCCUCAAGGGAAUUCCUCAAAAUGCACAGAAAAUACUUGUCUGAUAGAGAUCCUAAAAUUCAGCUGGAGAAAAAGAAGUCUCAAUACCUGAUAGAUUUUCUUGACUUGUACAAAGAUAGAGAUGAUUGUCAACGCAAAGCAAAGGAAUUCGUCAGAUGUUGCAUCAAACCUGCUGUGGAAGAGUACAUCAAUAAAUCUUUGGGAAUAGACAUUGUGGAUGAAAUAGUGACAAGUUCUCAUUCAGCAGAGUACAGCUCCCACUCCUUUUUCCAGUGCAACCUUCAGGAAGAGUUACUGCAAAAGGAUGACUUCAAGAGUUUUGUCAACUACAUUCGUAAGUAUGAAAUAUAUGUUAAGGAUUGGAUAUUUCAACAAAUCCAACAACAAAUGCUGAAGGACGAAACUUUGUGCAAACUGAAGAACAAGAACCUUCAAGUCAUAGUUGAUAAAAUCACAGCAGCAUUAGAGCAGGCCACAAAAGCACCAGAUGAUGUUCAACUGCUAGACAACAAUGAAAGCAUCACAGAGCUCAUCAGCAACAUGAGGAAGUAUUUGAUUAAAGACAUCUUAAUCUCAGAGGAAGAUGAAAAAACCACCUUGUUUAAAAUCCAAAGCACAUGUCAUCCAUUUAUCAACAGCCUCAAAAUGUCAAUAAAAGACUUGAACAAACAGCUUCAGGAGCAAUUCUCAAAGUCUGAAAACAUCACUGAGACUCUGAUCAAACUUCCAAUCAAACCACUGGAUGAGCUUUUCAAACGAGUGUUUGGUUGUGGAAAGCAAUGUCCAUUCUGUAAAGUUCCCUGUGAGGCUGGAGGAAAAGGACACGAUAAGCAUCAUGCAACUGUGCAUCGACCACAAGGUCUUGGUGGAUACAGGUAUGAAAGCACAGAGAAGCUGGCUCCAACACUGUGUACAACUGAUGUGCAAGGUGAAGGUAGAUUCAAUAACACAGAUACUAAAUUAGAGUAUCAUCCUUACAAAGAGUAUUACACUUACUAUCCAGACUGGCUCAUUCCUCCAGAUCCCAGCAUAGAGGCAUCUGACUACUGGAAGUAUGUACUGGUACAAUACAAUGACAGAUUUGCUGAAGAAUACAAGGCCAAACCAGCUGAUGUUCCAGAGGCCUGGAGGAGAAUCACAAAGGAACAAGCACUGAAGGGGUUAAAAGAUGCCUUCAAUAUAAGAUGAACAAGAUAAAAA